AUGGAGUACUCACGUAUCCCGAUUCUUCCCAUCCCGGCUUUGAUUCGGCGUCGGCUAUCCCGACUCUACUCAUCCCAUAGGGCUGUAACCGAUAACAAGCCGAGCGGGGCCUUGCGAAGUGAGCUGACCACCUCAUCCGAGCCGUAUCUGCCUUUUAACGGCCAGCUGUUGGAGCGAGCGGUUAUGGAAGUGCAGCGGCCUUCGACGGCGAGCGAUGAUCUGAGGUCUUUUGACUCGGGGUCGAGGGAAUCGAAUAGUCCCCCUGUGGAAGAGGUGGAUUCUCCCACGAAAUAUGAGACCGAAUCAGGUCUGCGAUGGAAUCGGGUUGUACCUGCAUUUAAUCUCCUUCGAAAUGCCGGAUACGAAGCACAGCAACCACAAGCAGACGGUCGUCUCGCUCGAUCUCUCUAUAUCAGUGCCGUGAUGUAUCUGCUCGAUGCACUACCUUCGGAUCUCACACCAGACGAGACAACAAUGCUCCAGCAUCGCUUACCCGAGCAAGUGAUAGACGCCGUAGCAUCUUCUCCACAGCCACAAAUAGCUCAUCUAGAGGGACCCACAAGUUCCAGAGCUAUCCAGCCUCCAAGGUCAUACCUCCACCGGCUGCUCGCCUCGGGGAUCGUGCAGGUAUUCCUGAUUAUUCGAUUCCUAUUGCCGUAUCUCCGGCUCUUCCUCCGCCAUGUUUAUGAAUAUGAGCGUUCACAUCGAAUUACGGAACGGGUUGUCACAACUACAAUGGACGCGGCGGAUGGAUUGGGCAGAAGUAGUGCGAACUUUGGCUCGGCGGUUUGCAAGCUCAAUGAAGGCAGAGUUGGGACUGCGGUGGCAAACCUUGCCAGUUGGUGGAUUGAAGGUGUUGCAGGGGGUGUUUAUGAAGGUGUAGGUGAGGGUAUGAUGCAUCUGGGAUUAUUGAGGCCUGGUUUAGAACUUGAUAGAUUGGCGCUGCCGAUAGAGAGACGUUAG